UGACAGAGCAAUUGUCCCCACAAACUACCGGAACAGCAGGGUCCUCCCUGAUAACUACUCGGUAGUCCACCAGAGCGGCCCGCGGGGAGCGCGAUAUGGGCAAGGAGGUACAAUAUACCACGAUCAGCGACCGGGCGCAGCAAUGUACCACCGUCAAACGAUGUACAACCGAGACCCGGUAGUAUAUCACCAGGACGGCCGGACGACAAGAUACUACGGCAAUCGGGGCGCCAUGUAUCACACCUCCCAGGGUGGAAGAUACAACGGCCAGGGAGCGCUGUAUCAUAGGAAUAGCAGGGCGUAUCCGAACGGGAUGGGCCUGGAUCCGUACACGAGGAGUAGUUAUCACGAGCAGAGAUACGUUGUUCCGGUUAAGACUCAGUUCGUCCCUCCGCAAAUUGCCUUCCUUGCAUCUGAAGUUGCUAAUGGAGUGAUGGUAUAGACGGUACAUCCGAGGCUACGACCCCCAUGCCCGUUCCGACAGACGUUACGGCGGAUAUCGGGAUACCUAUCGAAGGGAGGUCGUAGGGGACCAAUUUUGCUGUGUUAUCACUUAAACCUCCCUCCCCUCCCUCACACUUCAAUUGAGGAGCGAAGAAGAAUUUCAAAAUUUCAAGGACUUUGUAUUAUAGGGUUUCUUAGGGACGGCGUCGUGGUUUUUCUUUUUCCCCUCCCCCCCCCCUUCACUUUUUCGCAGUUCCUCUUUUAUUCAAAAGGAAAAAAAAAAAGGAGGAAAAGUUCGCACUGGGACCCCUCUUUCGUUCUUUGAAAUUUCCUAGCGGGUUGGUCUUGGUUCCUCGAGUGUAUGAUUUUUGCAGUCCGAUAUAACAUGCGCUGUAUAUUCAGAAGGAAAAGAUAUAUAUAUACUCCCUCCACUA